UUCCUCUCCGCUAGGUGGGGGAGGCGGGUGAGGUGGGCGCCGCAGCUGGUACCCGCUUACACUGGCUCGACCCCGGCUCGGAGCAGCGGCGGCCAGUCCUUCCGCUGUCGGCGGACCGAGGCCUAACUGCUACCUCUCAGUUCCCGUGCGAGCUCCGAGUCCCGACUGCGACAGGGGCCCGCGGCCCCUCCCCUCCCCUCUGAGGAUAGAAGAUGAGCUUCCUCUUCAGCAGCCGCUCUUCUAAAACAUUCAAACCAAAGAAGAAUAUCCCUGAAGGGUCUCAUCAGUAUGAACUCUUAAAACAUGCAGAAGCAACUCUAGGAAGUGGGAAUCUGAGACAAGCUGUUAUGUUGCCAGAGGGAGAGGAUCUCAAUGAAUGGAUUGCCGUUAACACUGUGGAUUUCUUCAAUCAGAUCAACAUGUUAUAUGGAACUAUUACAGAAUUCUGCACUGAAGCAAGCUGUCCAGUCAUGUCUGCAGGUCCAAGAUAUGAAUAUCAUUGGGCAGAUGGUACUAAUAUUAAAAAGCCAAUCAAAUGUUCUGCACCAAAAUACAUCGACUAUUUGAUGACUUGGGUUCAGGACCAACUUGAUGAUGAAACCCUUUUUCCUUCUAAGAUUGGUGUCCCAUUUCCCAAAAACUUUAUGUCUGUGGCAAAGACCAUCCUAAAGCGUCUGUUCAGGGUUUAUGCCCAUAUUUAUCACCAGCACUUUGAUUCUGUGAUGCAGCUGCAAGAGGAGGCUCACCUCAACACCUCCUUUAAGCACUUUAUUUUCUUUGUUCAGGAGUUUAAUCUGAUUGAUAGGCGUGAGUUGGCACCUCUUCAGGAAUUAAUUGAGAAGCUUGGAUCAAAAGACAGAUAAAUGUUUCUUCUAGUACACGAUUACCCUCUUGCUUCAUCUACUGCUAGAGCUAUCUCAUUACUAUCUGUUAUAGACUAGUGAUACAAACUUUAAGAAACAGGAUAAAAAGACAACUAUUGUCUCUGAUAAAAAUUGUCCCAAAGGUAGGUUGGCCUAAUACCUUCAGAGUGAGAAAUUUAGGACACAGCCAGAUUUGAGGCACUGUGUCACCACACUUGUUAUUGUCACUGAGUCACACUUUUAAUAUGUGAUGGUUAAUCUGUAGUUUAUCAGUUUACAUAUUAUUCUUUUACUAAAGAAAAUGCUUUAGUUUGUUUCAGGUUAUAGCAUAAUGGAUAUUAAGAAUUUUUACCAAUAAUUUAACAAGUUUCCACAACAAAUUUGUUAAUAUCUCAGUCAGAUAGGUUUUAUUCUGCUUAUAGAAGAGAGGUUUUAUUCUGCUUAUAGAAGAGGUUUUUUUAAGUUUCUUUAAGGUUUAGAACAAUUUGUGUCACUUUGGAUAAACAUGUUGUUUGAAGUUAUAUACUAGUGUUUUUAUAGAUAAUACAUAAUAUGUAUAUUUUUUCAAAAUCCAUGAUUGCCAUUUAAAUCAUAUGACAUGUGAGAGUAACCAAAGUUAUUUCUAAAAUGACUUUACUUUUUAAUCUUAACCUUUUGCACUUGGAUGUCGAGUGUGACUCGACACGGUUAGCAUCGGUAGCAGGAAUCGAGAAAAAAAGCAAGCGAGUGCAAAGGGUUAAUUUGGGAUUUUAUUCACAUGUGAACCUAUCUCAAUGUUUAGUAGUAUGUUCAUAUUAGAAAUAAUUGUUUUAAGGCAUCCAAGGUGGUCUUGGAGAUUUUUUUUUUUUAAAUACUUCGUUCAGAUUAAUUUGAAUAUGUAGCUUUUGGCUGACAAAAAGCAAACUUCCAAAAAAUUAAGACAAAUUUAGGCCUCAAACCACUAUUUUUAUUCACAUUGUCUUUCAGAAGGCUUUGAAAUUCUGGAUAGAAUGGAAAAUGCUCAGAUUACUUGAUUGUUUUUGAGUUUCCUUUUUUAAAAAAUGACUUCUAUGUGUUUGGGUUGUGUGUGUUUUUUUUUGUGGCUUGAGACUUAGUAAAGAAUACUAUAGAGAUGCAUCAGCUUUAUCCCAAUAAGGAUAAAACUUAAGGAAAUCACACACACAAAAAUAUUAGAAAAAAACAUCUUGAAAGGUGUACACAUUUUACAACACAGUUAAAAGUUUGAUGUUUCCUAUUCUUGUAUUUGUGUGUUUAAAGGAGACAGCAUGGGAUGAAUAAGUAAAGAAAAAAAGAUCUUCAUUCUGUUAAUAGUUAAAGGAUGGAUGUGUUAAUUAUUGUAUCAAAACCUGAAUUUAUUUUAUUUCUAUUCAGAUAAAAAGGAUCUUCCCUUUAAUGCAGAAAACAUGAUUUUCAUUAGGCUUCUAGGAUUUCGUGAACUCUGAUGGUUUAAAUGUAUUGAGGCACAAAUAUAUUAAAGACUUGCCAGACAGCAACCACUUUAAGUUCACCAGCAUUCUGUUUCAGAGUUGUGACUUUUGCAUAGUACUCACCAACUUCUUGAUGGCUUUGGCAAAGGUUAGCUUUGGACCGUUUUGUGUUUUUUUUUGUUGUUGUUGUUAUUUAUUUUUAUUAUUCCACUAGAGUAUAAGGAAGAGAAUUACUUAGAAACUGUUUUUAUAAUAACUCAAUUUCAAUAAAUUAUUAAAUAUAUUCAGGAUUUUAAAGGAAACAAAACAUUUCAUCUAAUUAGGCUGAAACCGUACCUCAUUGUUUUAGGAGUGGGAUAAUCACCUAUGAAAAAAAAAAAAAAAAGCCCUCUAUGAAACAUUCCAUGGUCCACAUUUUAAGUUGAUUCAAAGGUCCCUGUCAGGCUAUAUAUAUGUUUAUGUUGAUCCUUUACAAACAAGAAGGCAGGUUUCUGGAUACCACUGAGAAUGUUACUGCCUCUCAACUUUAAACCUUAGUGGCUUUAAGUCUGCAAGGAAUAAAGUUAGAUUUCUCAACUAGGGUUGCACUUGCAUCAUCAUUUCUAAUAUUUCAAAUAUUCACAAACAAAAGGAUUCUCAAUGUUCUCCAUCUAUUUUCCAUGAUAGAAAUCCUCCCUCUCUUCAAGACUCAGCCCAAAAUGAACCAAAGACUGUAACGUUAGAAUAAGUAUUAAAGGCAGCGUACUAGUGACACAAAUAAAAUUGUUGGUAAUUUGAGACUCAGAAUGGCCUUUUUAAAAAUAAAAACAUUCCCAGGUUCUCAUACUAAUCUGGCUUAGUCAGCAAUGCAUCCAAACAUCAGUGUUACCAUUACUUGUUUAUAUCCAAGGCCAGGGAGUUGAAGGCAGGAGAAUUGGAGGAAUGCGGGGGGAGGAUGGCCCCUUCUUGACUUGGCUAAGGGGUCAACUUCUGGAACAGUUGGAAGAAAUCUGUCUUUGACUCUCAUUUUUGACUCAUCUCUCUGUGCCCAGCAUAUGCCUGUUGGACAACACUCCCUACCCUGACCCCUCCCAAUCACAAGCCAUCUCUUGUCAAUGUGAUCCACUCAUACCUGAUAACAAUCAUGGGGUGGAGGGGGAGUGCUUUAUAAUAUGCAGUUAAUCCUUUGGUGCUUUUAUUUUCAGGCCUUUAAAAAAAUGUGGAUAGUGAUGUGCAGAUUUUUGUUUAAAUAUUGAAAUUUCCUUGUACUAGUUUUUGUAUCGACAACCAAAUGUAUCUUUUAUUCUUCUCUAGACUGAAUAAAGUGAUUUUAGAGGGCUUCCAGCUUAAAAAAAAAAUUUCCUCUAAUCUUAAGACUUGUAGAACCCUUAGCUCAUGUAGCUGUCUGCUCAAGAAAUGCAAAUCUGUAGUCAUCAUGACUCUGAUAACAAAAAAAGGAAAGUUUUCCUAGUCAUGUGAGGCAAGAGCAGCAAUCCUGGUGCUGAUUUUAACUUUUGCAAACAUCGUUGAGGUUUCCUGAUUAUACUGUUGGCCUUUUCUCUGAGCAGUGAGGUUAUACUAGAAGUAGAGCUUCAGAGAAACAUUAUUACCUCACAAGCAUAAACAAAUCAGGCCCACAGAAUGUAAGUCCUAGAAGUUUUAGAAGCAGCCCCAGUCACAGCACUGGUGUUACCCCUGUGUGGUUAGAGGAGGCUGUCUGCUGUCUGUAGAACUCCAGCCUAAAAGAGUGCUGGCCUGGGACACCAAACUGAGCAUCUUCAACAGGGACAUUAUUUCCUCCUGAUAUUUGUUCAAUAAGUGGAUUUACUAUUUAUUGUAGAAUUAUGGCAAGGAGGGAAAAUAAUAGUCCCUCAGUCUUCCUGUAUUUUUACAUUAGAUUUUGAUAUUUCAGACUAUAAAAGGUUUUUGGGGAUAUUACAUGUGAUUGUAAUUUUACUGAAGCAACUGCAUUGAAAUUCACUUGGGUUUUCCCUCAUUAUCAGAUUCUAUUCCAAACAAGUAUUCUGUAAAUCCACAUAGACUGCUGAUUUAUUAUGUUUGGUCUACAUCAAAAAUAGCUUGUAUAAGUUAGUUUUGGUUACCAUCUAAAAUAUUUUUAAAUGUUCUUUACAUGAAAACUUACGUUGUAUUUUUAAAUCUUUAGGGGCUUUAUCUAUUUUUCUAAGUCAGUUAACUGUACUUUAAAAAAAGUAAUUUGUAUCUACUUUUGUAACUUCAUCAGAAUAAAAUAUAUUGAAAGAAA